GAAAGUGUUGAAGGAAACAGUUCAAAUGGUUGAAAAAAGAGCCUGCACGCUAAAUCCUACCUCCUGUGAGGGGCACCCUUUGUGCAUUAAUGUGUACCUUGAUGCUGCAAAUACUUAAGCAUUAAGCACAUGCUUGCCUUUAUGUGUGCCUGUAGUUCUGCAAUCUUUAGCAGGACUAUUGGGGUUUUAAAGUUAAACAUGUAUUAAAUAAUUGCAGGUACCUAUUUUGCUCUUUUAGUCGUAGAGUGGCAAUUGGAAAGAAAUGUUUUAAAUAACAAUGAAACGGCUUAAUUGAAAACUCUCUAUGACCACAUAUGAAUGCCUUCAAUAGACAGUGCUUUCACUGGAGGAUAAACAGAAAUUAGUGGCUGCCUGACUAAAGAAAUCUUGUUGUGGUAAGCUGUGCCACAUUUUGAAUAAGAGUGGAUGACUGAGAGAUGCAGGAGUGGAGAAGCUAUCUUUUCAGGUCUACUGAUUCAAGAUAGCUAAUAAAAGUUAUUCCUAGAAGAACGUUUACAUUACUGCUGUGUACAAAAAAUAAAUAAAAAGAACUGCAUUUAUUUGAGAUCCAUAAAAAACUAGGAAAAAUGAAAGAGUUGAAUGGAAAAGGGGAAAAGUAGAGAUAGUAGGGACUAGACGAUCUUUUUUAAUUUAAAAAAAAAAAGCAACAAACCGGAAACAGAUUGAUAACAUCAUUUUGCAAGUGACCGCUAUCAAACAACAUGCUAUAUGCUCUUGCUCAGCUCUGGUGUCCCUUUUAGAAUUGCCUCAUCCUGCUAACACCACUGUGGUUGAUCUCCUGUUAAUAAAUACUACACUAAAUUGCAUUUACAGGGUUGUGACAAAUACUGAGCACCACAUGCUAGGAAUGAAACACAGAAUCACAAAAGCAAAAGGAUAUUAAGAAUGGUUCUUACUCUAUCUAGGAAGUUUGACCCCCUAAUUCAAAGACAGAACUGAGAAAUAGAAACUUUUAACCAGUUUUGGGGCUAUAUAUGACUUUAAGUCAUUGUUUCAUUCUCUCUUUUAUUAAAGUAUGUGGGCUACUUAGCUUUGCUACCCUGAAAAUGAAAACUGGUGUAAAUCCUAAAUAUAAGUCCACCCUGAUGCUGCUUGCUGUUUUCAGAACCUAGAGAAUUCAGAGCAUCAUUUUUACUUGCUGUUAUUGCUGCAGAGCAAGUAUAGCUUGUGCAGCCUCAAGUGGACUGUUUCAGCCCUGAAUAUCAGCAACAGAACUGGUAGCUAAGAUAUAAAUUCUCAUUUGGGUGCCUGCCUCCCGAAGGAAUUCAGUUGCAGCUGAACAGUUUUCAGCUGAGCUGGGCACUCAAAUACACUUGAAGUGCCUAGGCUUAGCUUUCAUUGGUAGGACUACUUUAAAUCAGAAAUGUUCGGGUAGCCCUUCUCCCCUGUCGUUUCUCCUGCACAUCACUUAUAUAAUGCUCCUGUCCUGCCUCAGGGCCUGCAGGCCUGCCGACUUUAGAGAUAUGCAUUUAAAUAGUAAGAGUUCCCAUGUUAUUAGAUAAUCGUUGUUAUCUUACCCUCAAUAUGCCAUCUCUCUGAACUAUGACUAGGAGUUCCAAAGGUUGACAGUCUAAUCCACAUAGGAGUGUUUGCCUUUCACUUGUGUGAGUGUACUGCUCUUUAAUUGCCUGCCUUCAUGACACGACUGUGAUGAGGCAAACAUAAGGCACCAGCUGCUUUUUAUUAAGACCUUUUCAUACCUUGAAUCACUCAAAAGUUUCAAUCUCUUCUGCCUGAAUUGUCCAAGUGUGUGAAAUCAUAUUCCUGAUUUUCAUUACAACUGAAUCCUAAUUUUUGCCACCUCUUAUCAUAUGUCAAUCCUGCCAGUAUUUUAGAUAUUUUUGCUCUUUCUGGAUUUCUCUGCAGCAUCCAGAUGAGCAAGCACCACUGUGGUAUCCUCAGGACAGAGCAUCCUUAAAUUGGGUUGGGUGGGUUGGUGAGAAUGGUGGAGAGGACUGCAGUCUUUGUUCUGUUACCUUACCUCAGGGCAGAAUAGAAGUGUUGUUGCUUUAUGGGGUUAAUAUUAAUGAAUCUGUGACAGUUUAUAUAUGGCUUGUCCCCAAGGUGUUUUCUCUUUGCUAUGCAUACGUUUAUCCCAAAUGUAUACCAGGAGUGCUACAUUCUCAGCAACAUACAAAAUGUAGUGUACAAUAACAAAGCAGCAAGUUAGACUUUUUUUUUUCUCUUAUCUUGUGCUCUUCACUCACAUUUCCCUAGACAAAAUAGCUUGUCUGUGAAGUGGUCACUCAGUGUUCAAAGGACUUUUGUUUGUGGUUGAUUUGGGCUUUCAGGAGAUGUUUCAUCUUAGUAGUCAGCUCAAAAGGAUGUUUUUGCGCUGUUUACCUUGAGCAGGAAAAAUACGAUUUUGGUUGUUUUGAAUUUUGCAAUUUGCUGUCAAACACGAUUAUUUGUAUCUCUCCCAGUAUCUGGGAGUGAAUUUAGAUUUUGGUGUCUGCUGCACAAUUUUGGGACCCCUCUCUACCAACCUAUUAUUCCACUGUAUCUCUUACACUGGUACCUUAACAUGCUUUUAAGUAGCUUCUUUUCUGUUCAUGUUUUGAGGUGAAACUGAGCUUUGAAAGAAACUGAGUCACUUGCUACAGCUUGCACCUUCCCUUCCAUUACAAGAAGAUUUUGUUUACCACUGGAAAGCAAUCACCCAUUACUACAUAGAGACAUCAGAUGACAAAGCUCCUGUGACUGAUACCAACAUUCCUUCUCACCUGGAACAGAUGUUGGAUAUUCUAGUUCAAGAAGAAAAUGAGAGGGAAUCAGGCGAAACAGGACCAUGUAUGGAGUAUUUGCUACAUCACAAGAUUUUGGAGACACUCUACACACUAGGAAAAGCUGAUUGUCCUCCAGGAAUGAAACAGCAAGUUUUGGCUUUUUACACAAAACUUCUUGGAAGAAUACGGCAACCUCUUCUUCCCCACAUAAAUGUGCACAGGCCAGUGCAGAAAUUAAUCAGGCUGUGUGGUGAAGUUCUGGCAACACCAACAGAAAAUGAAGAAAUUCAGUUUCUCUGCAUAGUAUGUGCAAAGCUGAAACAGGAUCCAUACCUGGUCAACUUCUUCCUUGAGGUCAUUCAGGAUCCUGUUUUGCACCUUUACAGGAGGCAGAGUAAGUUAAAAGCAAUGGCUUCCAAAGGAUCAGCAAGUGUAUUCACAGAAGACAUGCUAAAAGGCCAAGACUCUUUGACAACAGACACGGGACAGCCUGAAGAAAUACAUAGUGCUGCUGGAGCGGAGCAAAUGGAGAAGGAAGAUGACCUCCCGCAACAGGCGGAUGAUCUGUCUUUCAGUCCGGAUGAACUAAAUGUCACAUCAUCACCCGAGUCCUCCACUGUUUGUCCAAAUCAAGACUAUAAUUUAGUGAAUUCUCUACUAAACCUCACUAAAAGUCCCGACGGCCGGAUAGCAGUGAAGGCCUGUGAAGGCCUCAUGCUUUUGGUGAGUUUGCCAGAACCAGCAGCUGCCAAGUGCCUGACUCAAAGCACUUGUUUAUGUGAAUUGUUGACAGACAGGCUGGCCACCCUCUACAAAGCCCUGCCUCAGUCACUGGAUCCCUUAGACAUUGAAACAGUGGAGGCAAUUAACUGGGGUUUGGAUUCCUAUAGCCACAAAGAAGAUGCAUCUGCUUUUCCAGGGAAAAGAGCAUUGAUUUCGUUUCUUUCAUGGUUUGACUACUGUGAUCAACUCAUCAAAGAAGCACAAAAGACUGCUGCUGUUGCUAUGGCAAAAGCUGUGCGGGAACGAUUUUUCAUUGAUGUUAUGGAACCCCAGCUGAUGCAAACUUCAGAGAUCGGAAUCCUCACAUCAACUGCACUAUUGCAUCGCAUUGUUCGUCAAGUGACUUCAGAUGUCCUGCUGCAGGAAGUAGUUUAUUUUAUACUUGGAGAACACAGGGAGCCAGAAACUUUGACAGAUAUCAACAGACAUCCAUUGCGACACAGGUUAAUUGAACACUGUGAUCACAUUUCUGACGAGAUCAGCAUAAUGACUUUACGAAUGUUUGAGCACCUUUUGCAAAAACCCAAUGAGCACAUUCUUUAUAAUUUGGUUCUGAGAAAUUUAGAAGAAAGAAACUAUAUGGAAUAUAAGCCUCUCUGUCAAGAAGAUAAAGAUGUGGUAGAGAAUGGACAGAUUGCAGGAGCAGUAGACCUAGAGGAAGAUCCAUUAUUUACUGAUCUGUCUCCAGAUAACACACUGUCAACUCAAGAGUGGCUCAGUGCUUCUCCACCUGUCAGUCCAGAACAUCCAAAAAAUGAUGGGAAGACUGAAGUUCAUAAAAUUGUAAAUAGUUUUCUCUGUCUUGUACCUGAUGAAGCUAAGUCAUCAUACCAUGUGGAGGGUACAGGUUAUGAUACUUACCUCAGAGAUGCCCACAGACAAUUCCGGGAUUAUUGUGUCAUCUGCUUAAGGUGGGAGUGGCCUGGAUCUCCCAGAUCUUUGGAAAAGUGCAAUUUAGAAGCAUCAUUUUUUGAAGGACACUUCUUGAAAGUCCUGUUUGAAAGAAUGGGCAGGAUUCUUGAUCAGCCCUAUGAUGUAAAUUUACAGGUUACGUCAGUGUUGUCCAAACUGUCCUUGUUUCCCCAUCCUCAUAUACAUGAAUACCUUUUGGAUCCUUAUGUAAACCUAGCUUCUGGAUGCAGGUCUCUCUUCUCUGUUAUUGUCAGGGUCGUUGGGGACCUCAUGGUUAGAAUCCAGCGCAUCCCAGAUUUCACUCCCAAACUUCUGCUGGUCAGAAAACGCCUGCUGGGCUUGGAGCCGGAAGGGCCCAUCAUUGACCACAUGACGUUACUAGAGGGCGUGAUUGUGCUGGAAGAAUUCUGCAAAGAGCUGGCAGCAAUUGCAUUUGUGAAGUAUCAUGCCUCAUCUACACCAUAAGCAGCCUUGAUGAGUAGCCAGGUGUAAGACCACCGAGCUUGUUUCAGUGGAAAAGGCUAUUGACAACACUGAGAUAAGAAGAGGUGGUGCCUCCUGGCAAAGUGUCAGUUGACAUUUGGCAGAAUUGGAAGACAAGUUACUUUCACCAGAUGUUGACAUUGCAAGAAAGAGGGAUUCAAAUGGACCUAGAAUAUGAUUGAAGGCAUUUGGGGAGAAACCAAUACAUAGCAUUUCUAGCCACUGUGUGAAGAGCUGCAAAAGCUGCAUGAAGAGCCACAGACAUGAGACCUUGGUUAUUCUGUUAUAAUGACAAUGUUUAGAGAGUUGGGUCUUUUGUAUGUUCUGGGGCUCACAUAUGCCAAUUCGCUUUUUUUGACCAUACUACUUUUAAAAAGCAAAUUAAUUUUAUAACAUUUUCAUGUCAUAAUUCUUUUUCUUUUCAGUUGGAUAUAUGAAAGGAAAUCACAGCUAUAGUUGCAAUGUAUAUUAUUAAGAAUGAAGAGCUUAAAAAAAUCCACUAAUCCAUAUACAGUGGGAUAUAUUAAUGAGGGAUCAUUUUUGUUUUGGUGAAUCUUAAAGACAACUCUGAGCUUGAUUCCCCAAUGGAUUACUCCAAGAGAUACAUCAGUAUAAAAUCAAUACUAAUGGAAUCAAUCCUGAUUCAGCAUCACAUCCAUAACAAAUAUAUCUGAAGUGUACAUGUUUUUAGCAUGUUUGUCUCUGUCAUUCCAAGUGAUUGCUCUUCAGGUCAUCUGCGUAACUAGAUUUGCUUUAGGUUUUUGCAUGUGAACUCUAGUUGCUUGACUCAUGUCACCUUUACAGGGAAGUUAAUUAUAGGUCAUUAAUAGUUGUUGCUGAAACAGUAUUUUUAAUUUCUUUUAAAUUGGUAUUUAGCCUGAAUUGGUUUAAGAAUCUUUUGUGCCUUGAAAAUUGGCAGCAUAAACAUUCUGUCAUUUUUAGAAAUCUUUUUAUUGCUUAUCUAACCAUAGCAGUAGUGGCCAGCAAAAGAUUGACUGAUGCCAAUUCAGUUAAAGUGUUGAUACCAUAUAUAGGACCAAAAUGUACGCCUGCUUUUCAUAGUGCUGGGAUGCAGAAAUGUCUCAGUGCAUCUUUCUCAAUAUGAAUACUAUCAGCCAGGGCAGGCAUUUGCAUUGCAAGCGGAGGGCCAUUCGGACUUCAGCAUGCUUUGCUUCUAUUUCUCUAGCGUGAUGGCAGCCUGCACUUGAGACAGUUCCUGCUGCUCACUGCCACGUAUGCACUGGCAGGUUCAGGUGGCUGUGCUUUAACCUUCAAGUCACACUGAGUUGAGUGACUUGGAUGAGAGACCUGUCCUGCUCUCCACACAGGUGUGUAGUACCUCUUUCCCCUCCUAUGAACGUAAUAGCGUAGGCAGGCAAGGUAGAGUUUAGCUCCUUGUGUUUACAUUGUAUUUCUUUGUUUGUCUUUCCUACUAUCCUAUUUGCACAGCUAAUGCCCAUUUCAGAUGAGAUUGCUCGUAUGCAAAUAUGGACUAAUUUACUCGGUCACUAGAAUUUUUCUGGAUUUACGUAACUGUACUUAGAAUCAGAUUCUGCUCUGAAUCCAUGCCUUUGAGGUCUUGUUUUUUAAUAUUUAUGCAACCUGGAUGUUGAGAGGCCUUUUAAGUUAGCAGGUUAAUUAGAACAGUGUCACAGUUAAUGGACUAAAUUUAUUCUUGUCACAACAGUGAGGAAGGUCCUGCUGUAAAAGCUUCCAGUACAGGUUCAGCUGGAGAGAGCAGUUCUGGAACUGGGGAAACAUUUUGACAGGUAAAAACCUGUAUUCAUUGGCUCCAUAUACUGGGAGGCUUUUGUGCGAAGCAUUGCAUUUAUCUGGCAAACAGAAGCAUAUUUUACUUCCUCACCUUCUUUUUUUUCUGAAUUUAGGCCCAAAGUGUUUUCAGGUCAAAGUGGCAUAGCAGGAUAAAGUUUAAAAAAAUGACACUUUUCACUUUUGUUCUUUGGAAACAUACCUUGAAAGUAGCAAAUAAUUUUUAGUGAUAUGUAUUGCAGUCAGUCCAUAUUAGAAGCUUCGUUAAUGUGUAAUACCUGACACGUAGUUUAGAACAUGUAAAUGUCUAUGCAGAGCAAUGUUUAAUACAUACAUUUGUUAUAAAUAAGGUCCCAAUUCAGCAAAGCAGUUAACAUAAGCUUAAUUUCAAGAAUUUUAUUCCUAAACAACAGUCUUUUACAUGAACAAAGUUAAGCUGUUGGGCGCAAAUGCCAAUGCUUUACUGAAUUUGGGUCUGUGUUGGUUUUGCUUGAGCUUAAUUACUUUCUCCUCAAGUCUUCUAUUUUCAUUAUUUAUUUUUUUUAAAGUGUAUGUUCCAGAAUACUUCUAAUGUCCCAAUUUCAGUGGAAACUGGAAGUGAUAAUACUACUAUAAAUGAAAGUGAGAGAAAUGUUAAACAAAACUUGCAAGAGCAUUCCAAGUAAUACAAUUUAUAAAGCCAUUCAAGAGAUGAUUGAUCUCAAAUGAAAGCAUUAACAUCACCUCUGUUGUUGUUGUUGUUGUUGUUGUUGUUGUUGUUUUCGUUUUCACUGAUACCUGAGCUCAUUACACUGUAAGGACUUGUAUCAGUCAGCUUCUGGAAGGACUGCUGCAACCUCUGUGGGAUUUUAAUGCAAAACAGUCUACCGAGCUGCAAACACAAUUCUUUCAAGCUUGUCCAUGAGGAAAAUAAGUAGAUAUAACUAUAAGCACUCUUAAAUUCAGGAUCUAAUUGUUCGGUCUCCAGCAACAUAGGUGAUGUUCUUGCAAACCAAAUGUUAUUUAGUUGUUAAAUUUGUAAGACAUGGAUCCAUCCUGAUAGAAGUGAAGCAAUCCUUGAAGUUGCUUUAGCCUAAACUGCUUUUGUGAGUGCUGCCUACAAACGCUUAAUUACCGUACAUGAUGACAAUGACCUUUAUUUUUGUAAAAGUGAUUUAAUCUUCCUUAAGAGAUGGAACUCAUUUAAUUAUUUUUUGGUGAUAUUUUUCAUGCACUUUUUUUUAAAAAAAAAGGUUAGAAGUUAGUUCAGGUCCAUGUUUUCACCUUUCCGAUCUAUGCAUGUCACUGAGGUGCCCAUUUUGUUUCUGUGUGCGUGUGUUUGUAUGUGGUUAUUUAUUACCCAGAGAUGGACACCUGAGAAAAUAUAUGGCCUGAAGUUCACAGCAUAUGCAGAUCCUCCAGAUGUCAGUGGGAAGGGAAAUGCAAGUGCUUAUCACCUUAGAAAAUAUGGCCACUAGUAUUAGAGUGAAAUAUUUGAGAGGUAAUACUAGAAUAAUUUUUUAUUUCAAAAAGCAGAUCCAAACCACAUAUUAAUCCUGAUGCACAUGUGUGUAAAUAGACACAUUUUUUACUUUGUUUCCAUUUAUAGUAUGUAUUUGAUUUAGACUCCGAUAUAGAAAAUUUUGUAAUAAGCCAUGUGCUAGCUCUGGUAGAACAAGUUUGUCCUUAGUUUCUCAUAUGACUGUAAUAUUCCUGGUAUUCAGAUCCUGUCUGUGUAAUGUUCUUACUAUGUAUUUGUCUGUGCAAUAUAAAAGCUGUGACUUGAUACACAGCUUGAGUCUGGUUGUACAUCACCUAUGUAUAUAUAUACAUAUAUAUAUAUAAGGACCAGAAUCCCGAGCUUGCUUACACUACUAUUAGUGUAAAGAUUGUCGCACUUGAUUUUACAGGGCACAAGUAAUCAUGGAAUGGCUUUGUAAAUGCAUGGUAAUUUCUACCAUAACCUGCUGUGUAAUUUCACAGAUGACAUUUUAUUGUUGCUAUUUGUCUUGCUAAAAGAAAUACUAAACUGAAGUGCUAGGUAAAAUCGAAGGAUUAUGUAGUAGACUUGGGGCUACAUGGAAAAUCCAUGUCUGAUAUUGCGUAUCAUAUAGGGUUUUCAAACCAUGAUCCUCAGUGCUUUCUGUGCCCUGUAAAAUAGUGUAACUAUAUGAAAUAUAUACUCCUUGUUUUGCCUCCUGCCUUGUUUACAUUAAACAGAGGAUAUUCAGUAAAAUUUUUCUAUUAAACUUUGUGUAGGUCACUUACUGACAGUCUUGCCAAGGUUUCGCAAGUGUGGGAUUUCCAGUGAGGAGUUGUUGAAACAGCCACAUUACCAGACGUACAAUAUUAAGUUUCAUGAAGGAGGUUGUGAUAAAUUCCAACUUUUUGUGCUAAAAAAUGCAUGGAGGAUUAAAAGGGAUAUUCUCAAAAUAAAUUAAUUUCAUCGAA